AGCAUUUUUGCUGCAGUGCAGGUUUGCUGAAAAAGUGUUCUCCAUGGCGCUGGCAGAGCUUACAGCUGAAGACCUGAUAAAAAACUUUAUUGAAACAGGUAUAGAGCUGACUGAAGUUAAGGCCCAAAGGUUCAGCGCUCUCAGGCAGAUGUGAAGAUCAGAUGAAGUUGCAGAAGGAACUGUGAGAACAUCGAUACUGCAGAUUGAAGUCCAGAGGAGAGUCAGUGAAGACGUUCAGCAUCCCGACAGAGGACGAGGACAGCGAGACGGAGCGAGACACACACACAUCCCAGACUUGGUGGCUACAUGCUCAGUUUGCUUUGAUUUUAAGGAGAACGAUUUUACCGAUCAGGAAUCAUGGAUUUUGUGAUGAAACAAGCUUUAGGUGGAGCCACCAAAGACAUGGGAAAGAUGCUGGGUGGAGAGGAGGAGAAGGAUCCUGAUGCAGCCAAGAAGGAGGAGGAGCGGCAGGAGGCUCUGAGGCAGCAGGAGGAGGAGAGGAAGGCCAAACAUGCCCGCAUGGAGGCCGAGAGGGAAAAAGUACGGCAGACCAUCAGGGACAAGUAUGGACUGAAGAAGAAGGAGGAGAAGGAGGCGGAGGAGAAAGCAGCCAUGGAGCAGGCCUGCGAGGGUUCACUGACGCGUCCCAAGAAGGCGAUCCCACGGGGCUGCGGAGACGACGACGAAGAGGACGAGGAGAGCAUCCUCGACACUGUCCUUAAGUUUCUGCCCGGACCUCUACAGGACAUGUUCAAGAAGUAAAACAAAAAACGACGACAGAAAUCAAACGAACCCUAAAAUCAGGGUCCAGUCUGGCCUCGGCUAGGCUGCGGGGGAAAGGGAGGCGGGGAUCUCUCUGUGGGACUUUGGGUGGACAGGGAUGAGUGAGGAUGAGUCUGGAGGCCAGGAUGAGUGU